CCCACCACGUCCCCUUGCUCCCUAUCCGCGCAGAUAUGGCUCCUCGAUGCCUCGAGAUACCAGAAAUCCUUCUGCUCGUAUGUGCUGAGCUUCGCACGUCCAAGCGUCUCGGCACGCUGGCUUCGCUUGCCUCGACUUGCUCAGCGAUGCGAGAGCCCGCACUCGAUGUUCUGUGGGAGGAGCAGGACUCUAUUGUUCCACUGCUGCAAACUUUGUCUCAGGAUAGGGUCUCGGAGAGCGUUUUGACGCUCGAGCGCUACAUCUCGCAGGCGGACUGGGAUCAUAUGCAGUACUAUGCUCGACGCAUCAAGAGAUUGACUUUGGAAGCCGACGACGGUAUGCUGUGUGGUAUAGGCAGUAGACGUCGAGACGAAGACGACGACGACGACGACGAAGAACUCUACGAUGAGGAUCGCGAUUACAGCAUCGAAACGUCCACUCUGGAACUCCUGCAAUCUCGUGCUGGUCACGAACCUUUGCUACCCAACCUGAGGCACCUGGACUAUGGUGAACUCGACUCUUCGUGGCUCCCUUUCAUUACGCUCUUCGUGAAUCCCUCUCUGCAGUCGCUUCGUAUCCGCCCGAGCAUUGAGGACGAAAGCAUGAACAUUCUGGCUACUCUUCCAUCUCUCUGUCCCAACCUCAUCACCUUUAAUGCCAAUUGGGAGGAAGUCAACGAUGGCUUCUGUCAAGACGGUGGCUUCAUGGUCUUCGAAUUUGGGGACGACGGCUCAGAUGGCGGCGAUGACGAUGGAUCCUCGUCUUCGUAUGCAGAUAACGGCGAAUUCCCUGCUGCAUCCGAGCUGGAUGUCGCCGCUCGAGCAGAGUCGGAAGAUCCCGACAAAGAGAUCGAGAAUUGGCAGGCUGCCAUGCGCGAGACUUUCUGUCGAUGGAACUCGCUGGUGUCGCUCGACCUCCCUGACGCCGAUCCCGUCAUACUCGCCCAUUUCGGGAAGUCUCCGGUUCUCGAGACUCUCAAGCUGGCUGUCCUGUUUGAGGCCGACUGGAAGCAUGCCACUGAGCCGGCGUUCCCUAACCUUGCGCAUCUUAAGAUCACCACAGCGACGCCCCUAUGCCCACCUUGCAUCAUACGAUCCCUCUCCUCCAAACCCUUGCAUCUCAAGUCCAUCGAGAUCACUUGCGAGGACCUCCACGGUGGCGACGCCGAUGAGAACAGGCGUCGAGUCCUCGACGCCAUCGCGGAAUGCAUCGACCCUGCCACUCUGCAGAGGAUAUCCUACCUUCAGGUCUAUCGGAAUGGUCCAUUCCUUCCGACUCACUGGAGGCCCCUUCCCGGGGAUUCAAUCGUCCAACUCACGCGUUUUCCAAAGAUCACGCAUUUCGACGUCCACUGUUGGGUCGACGUGCAGGACGAGGACAUUGCGAUGCUCGCGGCGGCCUGGCCGAAGCUACGCGUCUUCAGCCUCGAUGUGAAGCAUCCACUGCAUCUCGGUCGCGCUCGCGCGGUCAAGCCCACCAUCAAUUGCCUCAAUUCUCUCGCCACAGCCUGUCCCCGCCUCUUCGCCCUCGGCCUCGUCCUCGAUGCGAUGGAUGUACCCGACCUCCCGGAGCCUCACUCCGACGAUGCCCAGACCCGCAAACGCAAAUCUCCCCUCAUCCUCCACCUCUACGGCUCGCCCAUCAAGAACGCGAACAAAGCCGCCGACUACAUCUGCAGCGUCUUCCACAAAUACGCCAACAUCAAGUUCGGCCACUCGAAGUGGUCGGACGGGCAGGCGUCGCCUCACAUCGUCACCGGCGAACUGACGAACUCGACGUUCUUUGGGGUGCCGCUGCCGACUUUAAUCGACAGGACGCCCAAAUACUCAGCGGCGAGCCGGAAAUCGUUCUCGCCCGCCUUGCAUCCUGCCAGCACCGCCGCGCGACCUGUUCACCUCCGAGAAUCCACUAUGGCCAAACUUGACUUCGACAAGCAGACCGUCACGUACUCCAAGGGCACUGCGGCGGCCCUUCUCGCCAUCUUCACGAACUGCCAGGAGCAGCUCGCAGCACUGUACGACGUUGGUCCAUCUGACAACUCCGUCCUCGCCAUUCGCGUACUCCACGUACUUCAGUGCAGCAAGGCGGCGGUACACGAGGCGAUCUACGCCGAGUGGAUGACGUCUAGCGAGGAGCAGCGCAACAAGCUCGCCGAGUACUAUUGGGCGGAGAUGGCGGGUACGGCCAGGGACGUCUAUGGGGCUGAGAUGCUGAUGGGCGGUCCGCCUGAGCCUCAGCCUGAACCGCCGAAGAAGAAGAAGAGUUCUCGCAAGGGGUGCGUUAUGAUGCUCAGCCUCUCGUUCAUCUCUUUGACGCUCUACGAUAGCGCCGCUCGCCGCACUCGGAAGCGUCAAGUCUGA